AUGUCGGACCGACAGCUCAACUCAAAGCUAGUCCUUCUGGGGGAAUCAGCAGUGGGAAAAUCUAGUAUCGUUCUUCGGUUCGUAAAGGCACAAUUCAGUGAAUUCCAGGAGGCAACCAUUGGUGCCGCAUUCCUAACGCAAACGGUGAUAUGUGGGGACCCUCCACGGUCAGUCCGGUUUGAAAUUUGGGAUACUGCAGGCCAGGAACGAUAUCACAGUCUCGCCCCAAUGUACUAUAGGGGUGCACAGGCCGCCAUCAUCGUCUAUGAUAUCACCAACCCAAGUUCCUUUGAACGUGCCAAAUCCUGGGUCAAUGAGCUCAACGAACGGUCGAAUGCAGUCAAAGUGAUCGCUUUGGCUGGGAAUAAGCUGGAUCUUGAUUUCAAGCGAGCCGUUUCCACAGAGGAGGCACAAGCCUAUGCUACUCAAAACGGGCUGAUUUUCAUGGAGACUUCAGCAAAAGCUUGCACAAACAUCACCGAACUAUUCACUGCCGUUGCUCUUCGACUACCUCGUGAUGCGCCGGCGAACCCCACAGGUGGACAACAGCUCCAAGGCGGUGAUACGGCAACCCCGACUAGUAAAUGUUGCAGAUAGUCACCUUCCCUACUACGUGUAUCGUUCUUUUGAACGUUAAACAACACCCAAACAGACAGAUGGGUCAAGCCUAGUCCGCGCGCAUCCCCGUCAUUCCCAUCCUCGGAUCCACGCCAUCGCCAUCCAUCUAUCCAUUCUCGUCCUAUAACACAGCAAGCACAUGUACGAUUUUACUGCCAAAUGUGUGUUGCGCUCGCUUCUCUGUCAUGUGUUAUCUAUGAAUCAUUCUGUUUCGAUCGAUCUUCCAUCAGAUAUGUGGAGUUUCCUGCACAGAUAGACGUGUCCUUCACUUCGCUGAAUCGCUCUCGCCGGUUAUGCCGACGGAUCUCACGUGGAUUUGUCCUACCCUCGAUCACAGUACUUUUAGCCUCUAACUAAGCUGGCGGUUCGCUGUGCCCUUAUCCUGUUCUCAUCCUCUAAUUUGUCUGCGAUGGUUCAUUCGGUUGCUAUUUUGCUUUCCUGAUGAUUCUUGAUUCUCCCCCCCGACCAGCGUUUGGUGUUCGAACGAAGUGCCGUCGGAAAUGCCUCUUUCUCGACCCCGCAGCACGCGACAACACAAUUAUGAUUUCCACAUCAAUCACCCGCACCUCUUACUGCUUCCCUCUAACGACGGUGUCUUAUCCACGCGCUCAUGUUCCCGGUCGGCGGACAGUUAGUGCCGUGCCUGUCCCCUGUGUUCCUCAUGUCCUAACCCUUCCCUGUAUUGACCUAAUACGCAGGUUUAAUUUCGCUGUUUUGCCUCGUUUAGUUUUUUGUUGAUCUCUCUCUUGUACAAUAUCGUGUCCUUCUCAUUGAUUACCUUCUCUCAUUUGUGUUUUUCCCGACGGUGAGGGUUUCAUUCCUCG